ACUUUGUCCCAGAACAUACAGUUGUGUUAAAGAAACGCACAUACAUACAGUGCAUGAGUGAAUAAUCCAGAACACAACACAGCAGCCUCUGAUUUCUUUCUGGAUUUAACAUUUUGAUAUUUUCUACCCGGAUCAUAAUGGCACUUCUCUCAGACAUGGGUUACUCAGGACUUGAACUGCUGGAUCUUCUGCUUGAACAGCCCCAUAACAUCUCUCAUGUGGAGAGCAAUGGUGACCAUGGCAACCCUGUUUGGUCAAUUGCAGAGCAAAAUAUUCUGUCUCAUGAUGAGGGCGUUGUCGAUAACUUCCUGGACUCCCUGUUGCAAGCGUCAGACGGUGUGUUGAACCCUUGCUCACCUCUGUGGGUCUCCUCCCCGUGUGACAGCGGAAUCAGUGACGACACCCCAUCAGAUCACCUGGACAGCCCGCUGCCGCCCGAUUCUAUCGUCCUUCCUCACCAACCUUAUCUUCAUCCUCAUCAUCUUCACCAGCACGGAGAAGAGCAGAGAACACCCGGCACAAACCACAAGUCUGAUAUCUCCAUUGAUCUGGCGGAUUGGGAGGUCUGUUUAUUCUCUGAUGGUCAGACAAACUCACAAUGUGCAUCAACAGCACAGCGAAUUCAACCAACAGCAGGUUACCAGCUCACCGUAAAAGACCUGCUGCUCUCUAGCAUUGGAGAAACAUCCAAACCAUCUGACCAGCAAUCUCAACAAGAGCUGAUUCUCAACGAGGACGAGAGGAAACUUUUAGCCAAAGAAGGAGUCUCUCUUUCCAGUCAACUGCCUCUUAACAAGUAUGAAGAAAAGAUUCUAAAGAAGAUUCGGAGGAAAAUCAGGAACAAGCAGUCGGCACAGGAAAGUCGGAAGAAGAAAAAGGAAUAUGUUGAUGGACUUGAAGAAAGGAUGUCUGCAUGCAGCCAACAGAAUCUGGAUCUACACAAAAAAGUCCUACAGCUGGAAAAGACCAACAUGUCUCUGAUGGAGCAGUUACGUCGACUGCAAGCUCUAGUGAUGAACAACUACAGUAAACCGGCUCAAACUGGCACCUGCAUCCUGGUACUGGUUCUCUCUUUCUCUCUCAUUGUGAUGCCAAACCUUCAUCCUGGUUUUCACAGGAGGAGCACGAACCACGGGGACUUCAGCACUGCCAAAGUUCAGUCCAGGUCACUUCGCUCUGUAAUGGAGGUCUACAGCAUGCAGCCUGGCUUUGCGGUCAGCGGCGACGUCGUGAUGUCGGCAUCUCCACGCACCAACCUUCGACUCAGACCCGAGUAUGCUGACAUGGAGCCGUUACCUCACAACCACAGCUACGAGGAUCACGAGCAUCAUCAUGGCGACCCCAUAACCGGUCACGCUGCUACAUUGAGCUGGCUAUCUCAUCCUGAAAAAGACAGGAAGUGAUGUCAUUGAUUAGGCUGUUAUUAUGAUCAUCACUGUAGUUUAUUCUGCCCAACACCUGCCCUUAGAUGGGAGGAGAUGGUGUGAGUGACAUGUUAAGCGACCAAUCACAGUCUGCUUCGAGCCAUUAAGGGUCAGUUUUAUGUUAUGCACAAUAGGUGUUGUAGUAUCUGUGACUGGUCGCAAAGGGGAAAAAGAUAAAUAAGCUGUGUGCAAAUUGGAGUUCAGCCUGUUUAAAAGUAUCAAGUACUUAUUAUUCUGCUACUAAGUUUCUUUUCGAUUGGAAGUUUUUCAGCUCGUUACAUUAAGGAACUGCGUCUAGGUUUUUGUGAUACAAUACAAACGCACACUUCGCAAGGUUGCUCCAAAUCAAAGCAGUACAAUUUUGGCAUGUUUGAAACCUUGCACUGCGCAUCACAAUAAGAGUAAACGCUCCUGCCAAGCAUUACUUGUGAUUUAUUCAGAUUGAUGCACACACAGCGCCCCUCAUUUGUGCAGAAUCAAGCUGAACGCAAUGUACCGGUGUACAGCAACCCUUAAGACGCCGCCGUACCAGCGUUCGAUAAUGUGAAUCCCAAUUUUAAAUCCUCAAUGUCAGCAAAUUCAACCGCUUAACAAACUGGAGGUCUAAACAUGAUUUGCUUUGCUUUGAAUACAAACCGUUGGCAUUCACUGAUAAAAAUCUCAAUCUAAGAGUUUGUUUCGAUCGCUUGUGCAGAGUAUUAUGUCUCAUACGGUCAAACACGGCUCAUGAAUUGUAAGUGAUGCCUUACAAAAUCAGUUUAACUUUUUUUACAACAAACAGCAGUAAAUUAUGAAAUGGUUUUUAGAAAAAGGCCGUAGUUUGGGCAUGCAGGCCUAUACCCCUGAUUCCUUUGGUACUUGCUCUUUAUUCGUAGCCCACCUUUGUGAACCUACAGCUGUUGCCUGACAAUUGAAAUAUAUGCAUAAUUGGACCCCUUUGAGUAUGACGCACCUCGUGAAAUCAACUACGCAACUGACGCAGGGAAGGGCAAGCGUAGGGGUAGUUGCCUCUCGCUUCAACUGUAUGAUGUCUGCUGUCAAGUAAAGCGGGUAGAUAUAGGAAUAUUAAUGGGUCCUGUUUCUGUCAGCUCAUGAGGUCAGGUGUUUGCAUGAACACAUCACCGUACACAAGCAAUGCUCAUAUAUAAAGCCCUACAAAAUACAGUAUAACCAUGGACAAAAAGGAGGAGGUUUGUUUUCAAUUUUUGUUCAAUGCAAAUGCUUU